AUGGGUAUCGGAUGUGCCCGGUCGCUCUCGUGUUCACUUUGUGGGAGUCUGCCGGCCACCUGCCAGAUGGCACAACUACCUGCUUUCAGUAAACAGGUAAGGGGAAAAUCUGCACAGGCCACCCAAGAAAUACCAUCUGAAUAAACCGCAGGUGAAAGCAUGGCCUAUGGUCUUUACACACUGUAAACUUCAAGGAGUGGAACCAACUGCAAAAGUGUUAUUAACAGAAUAAUAUUUUUGGAGUUAACUCCAUGCGAUUGUCUUUUCAUUGUUUUGAAAUCCCACUGUUCUCCAUGCCAUCCAGUCACGUUCCAGUGAUCAGAAUGUUCCAUUGUCUUUUCAUUGUUUUGAAAAACCCAUUGUUCUCCAUGCCAUCCAGUCAUGAUCCAAUGAUCAGAAUGUUCCAUUGUUUUUUCAUUGUUUUGAAAAUCCUACUGUUCUCCAUGCCAUCCAGUCAUGAUCCAGUGAUCAGAAUGUUUCAUUGUUUUUUCAUUGUUUUGAAAAUCCCACUGUUCUCCAUGCCAUCCAGUCAUGAUUCAGUGAUCAGAAUGUUCCAUUGUCUUUUCAUUGUUUUGAAAAUCUCACUGUUCUCCAUGCCAUCCAGUCACGUUCCAGUGAUCAGAAUAUUCCAUUGUCUUUUCAUUGUUUUGAAAAUCCCACUGUUCUCCAUGCCAUCCAGUCACUUAUUGUUUCGACACAUGCAAAGGCCGUAAUGAAGUUUUUGAUUCCUAUUUUCCCAGGAUCUACAGAAGCCGUACAAUAAAGUGGCUUUCUUAGUCACUCACAAUUCAUAUAGCUAUGGAAUCGAUUUUGGGAUCUGGGCUCAUAAUCAGAGGUUCAGUGUUGCCAGGCAACUGAACGAUGGCGUCAGAGGCCUUAUGUUGGAUCUUUACGUAGGUACGUGUUGUAACUGACAGUGCAUAAUGAUGACUUCCACUAAGACCAGGACGAUUUCGACCAUAGUAUUAUUUAUAACAGAUGCUUACAUGAGACGUUGAGACCGGGACAAAAAAAUCCUCAGACCGGCAUGAAGUCAUCGCGCUCGCUGGACCGAUCCCGCUCCGAAUUCAAUAUUCAUCCAGGUCUGGAUGUAAAAAAGAAAUACAUUUCGGAUCGGUUGUGCUCUUGCAUGCUUCUGAACAAUGCAUGCUCACAAAGCACUGGAAAAAAGAAAAUGGAGGGCAAGGGGAAUAAAUUGAAAGAUUUGUGAUUUUCGUGCCGGUCUCGUGUGAACAUACUGAAAAUUGCGAUUUUCACCCCGGUUUGAUUUCAUUCCGAUCUCAUGUAAACCGUAAACGGGCCUAUAAUCUGUAUUCUCCAGUAUUCUUGGGUUCCAUAUGACGUCAUAAAAGUGACGGGGGUCAACUCUAAAACAAAACACAGUUAUCAGAGUGAGUCGAUUGUUCGUUUUAUGUAUUAACCUUGUGUUUGGUGGCAAAUACAUGGAAUUUCGUAUCAUUUUCUCACUCCAGUACAGCAUAAGCAUCGAUGCCGCAGUGAAACCCAAAAAUAGAUGGUUGUCAACCUCUGGUUGUCAACCAACAAUUCUCAAAGUGAGAAAAUAGUUCAUUUUUCAUUUUCAGGCUGGAACGACGCUGAUGUUCGUUUAUGUCAUGGAAGCUGCAUCUGGAGUGGUUCCACUGAUCUCUUGUUCACGUUGAUAGAAAUACGUGAAUUUCUGGAGCGAAAUACUCACGAAGUCGUCACGAUCAUAUUCGAAGAUUACCUUGAGAACCCACGAAUACUGGCGAAGGUGUUCGACGAAGCUGAUAUCUCAAAGUUCGUGUUGACGUCGGAUUAUUGGGGAGAAGUCGAAGACUGGCCGACACUUUCCGAGAUGAUCUCGUUAGGUCGUCGGCUGGUCGUGUUUAAUAAUGUCGGGUUGACAGAAUUUCCUUACAGUACAAGGAAUAUGUGGAAUUUUAUGAUUGAAAGUCGUUAUGGAAGUGUUAGCAAAAAUCCUAAUGUAAGUAUAGGGCAAUGUGUGCGCUGUAGUAAUAUAAUACACCCUUUCGGAAUGUACGUCACGAGCCUCGCUUUCGUGUAUGUGACAUUGCUUAACGCCCAAUGUAUCAAUCACGAAAACGAGGCUCUAUAGCCAAGGUGACGAGUAGUCCAGAAGGGGUACACCCCUUGUAAUACAUUUAAUACAAUACGCGUGUAAUACAUUACGCUUGAGAAAUGUGAUUCCAAUCUGACUUGACUAAACACCAAUUCCGUACCAUUAAAUGGAUGGCUCUUACUUGCCUGACAGAGCUAUCCAGUAUAAACAAGUUAGUUUAGGUUUCCUCCUGUAGUAAUACUGGAUCAAUAGGCCCUUUUUACCUAUCCUCUAGGGCGAACAGUUUAGAACUGAUAGAACUUGAAUAAUAACACUGAGACAAAAUUGGUACUUGACUAGUCAACUUCUUACAACAGGAAUGCAAGGAAAGAAAGGAAUCCAAGAAUCACUUGGGUGAAAGACGAUUACUCUUGGUCAAUUGGUUCACAACAAUUCCAAAUGGUUUGUCACCAUGUUUAAAUGAUUUUGAUCAUCUAAAACGCAAACUUACAACGUGUUAUAGGAAGUUUGGAAAGUGGGCAAACUUUCUAGCGGUUGACUUCUACAGCAAGGGUAGCAAUGGAGGAGCUUUUAAAACUGUUCAAUGGUUGAAUGAAAAACUAACUGGUAUGUUUUUACUUCCUCCGACCUACUUCCACUUCAGUUCUUAUUUUAUAUUGCAAUUUAUCCGACUAAAAACAGACUUUAUCAGCUUUUUGUUCCAUUCUAUGCUUAAGUCAUGAGGAUGAGAGUCACGCAUUGUUGCAGGGGACAUUUCAAGCUCUAGAUUGAUAACAUAUAACAGGUUUGAUGAGUGUUCCAACUAUGUUUUAACUUAAUAGAAUACAUGAUAGUAUUGGGAAAGCAUUAAGAACAGCUAACCAAGAUCACGUGACUGCCAACUCUCAUGCUUGUUUGAUCCGGACUUGAGCAUAGAAUGGAAAACGAUAACCAAGCAUUCAAAUUAUAUACGUGAACGAAUUGGCCGACAGUCGAUUAGGUUAUUUGAGUAACAAUAAUUUAUUCUUCUAUAUUUAGGAAGCGCCAAAUCGAGCAAUUUGGAAAUGUUUUUAGACUUUUUGGAAGACGAGAUGAGGGAAAUUGAGUCAUGA